AUGCUGUCUGUUUAUUAUAUUAGAAGACCAUAUUGUUUCCUUGUAAACCAGGCUAUUAAUGGUUAUAUUGAAAAAUUAUUAGAUACAAUCAAUGUUCCAUGGAUAUGUGAAAACAAUCUAAAUCUUCAACCUGAAGCACUUGAAAGAGUUAAAGCUGAUGCAAAUCAAUCAAUGAAAUCGGAUAUUGUUGAGACGACUGUUGACGCAUCUUCUUCAUCUGGUGGAUCACGUCGAGACCGAUCAAGCUUUCUGUUAAUGGCUAUAGGUGUACAAUAUGCAAGUUUUCUUCAGUUUGAAUCAUUAACUAAUUUAUCACCAACAUCAUCGUCAUCAACUUCAAGAACAAUUCGUUCACAAAGUCAAGAUCCACCACAAAAAUCUUUAACAACAACAAUUUCUUUAUAG